CACAAAACAUGGCGGAUGAAAAAUAUAAAGUACAACAAGGUUGUGGUUAAAUUGAAAUUAUGACAAGCGAGGCAGGUAGAAAGGAAUACUCGUGGAGCCACCUUUUGGUGGAAACUAAUACUGUUGAUGAACUGACACAACCAAUAAGAGCCUCAUCACGGAUUAAGUAUCUUUGCCUGGCUGUGUCCCAGAACUAUGUGGCAUUUGGCACCAAUACUGGGGUGAUCUAUAUCUUCCAACGUGACCCCAUCAAAUACCUACAGGUCUAUCUCGCUGAUAAGGAUCGCUCAAUCAACUGUGUAGAGUUUGGACCAGAUGACAACCUCUUGGCAUACACAACAAGCAAAGGUAUUGUUCAAGUGUUAGAGUUGAACAUUGAGAAACGCAGCAAGCCUGAGAGAAUCCGUGUCUCACACGAACACAAGGAAACCAUUGUGACAUCACUUUGCUGGAACCAUACUGGGAACAAACUCUUCUGUGGUGACCAAAAUGGCAAAGUUACAGUCGCAUAUAUAUCAUCUAAGGCUAAGGACCUGUUCAAACAUCCAACAGAAGUCAUCAUGAAACUAGACUCUAAGGUGGUUCAACUUGACUGUUGUGAGAACAAAGUACUUGUCUCUACUCUCACCAGAAGCUACCUUUGCAAUACUGCAAAGGAAAAAUACACACACAUUGGGACAAAACCUAGAGAUGGUUGCUAUGGUAAUUGUUUCUUUCAAGGCCCAAAGGUGGAGACACCAGUCAUCUAUUGUGCCCGACCUGGAUCUAGAAUAUGGGAGGUUGACAAUGAAGGAAAUGUACUGAAUACCCACCAGUUUAAGAAACUGUUAGAUAUGCCAUCACUUGAUGUUCUCUCUCUUGGGGACCAAAGUGGCCGUUACCUUGGACCUGAAUUGUCUUCCAAUGGCCCCCAAUCUCUGGCCUUCCCUCAAUUACAGCUGUUUAGUGACCAGUAUCUGUUGACAUGGACUGAGAGCGCCCUCUAUAUAUUCAACCCCAUCAAAGUCCAAGUUCUACUCUGGAACAAACAAUAUAAAGAUAUUACCAGUGUGAAAUGUUUCAAGAACGACCUGUAUGUGUUACAAGGACAGUCUACAAUGUCUAAACUCUCACUGUUAAGUGUUGAAAAGUGUAUCCUAAAGCUGUCUCUGGGCCAACUGUGGCAACUCUGUGCAGAUGUCUGUAUCCAUUUUAGGGCUUGCAUCACUCCAAGCCAGGCCAGAACAUGGAUACCAAUAGAUAUGUUGGAAGAUAUAAAAAGCAGUUUAAAGGAUAGUGGCCAUGCUAAACUAUCUGAUAAACUGGCUGUUGUCAUAGCAACACUAGAGCCACCUAUUGAGAAAGAUGAGUCGCAUAAUGCUAGUCGACGUGGGAGCACUGAGUCGCAAGACAGUUCCACACGAUUAGAUUCUGGUAUAUAUCUUAUAAAUAGGUCAGAUAAUAUGGAGGCAUUUCAAGUCAACACUCAAACAUCGGUCACAAUGGAUACAAAGGAUGUUGCCAUGGAUUCUAUAGAUGUUGCCAUGGAUACCAUAGAUGCAAGUGAUAUCAAUCGUAAUAAGGUCCAAGACAAUAAUCAUAUCCAACCCGUAGCUCUUGAACAAAUAAAUGGUGAUUUAUCAGUAAAUCCGGGCACUGAUAAAUCAGAUAAUAAUCCAGAAACAAAUAUGAAUCAUGUGCCUGUGCAAGAAUACAAGUCCAAACCACUUAAUUUUGACAUUCCAUGUGAGGAAAACAAAGACCCUCCUCAGGAAGAGCCAAGUGAGCAGCCUCCAACAGAAAAUGAUCAGUCCCCCACCCAAAGUGACCAGUCCCCAAGAAUAAGAAAGAACUCGGAUGCAAGUUUAAAUUCUCAGACAAGCCUGGAUAGGAUAGAUGAACGAGGGAUUUUACGUCACGGAUCACAAGAGAGUCUCUCAAGUAGUGACAUGGUUGUAGGAAAUUCUGGGAUUGAUCCAGAGCCUGUUUAUGCAAAAUCAGAACGAGGUCAGCGUUUGAAAGGACGUAAAAAGAAGGCUUCAGAGGUAGAUCUUACUGGUGUAGGGAAAGCAGGAACCAAAAAUAGGAGUAAAGCCAAAGCUAGAAGAUCUCAAAGCGUAGAUAUACAAAUCAUAGACCAAAAACCAGUUCCAAGGGGACGGUUACACACAACAGACGGAACUCCAAGCUUGGAAGUCAUUAGCAACCCAGCCAAAAAACCCUCUACUCCAACACAGGUUCAAACCUUGACCAAAUCUCCAUCACUUCCUUCUAUGGACACAAUUGAUGCCAACGCAGACAAAGAACCAAAAGAACAACCCAAACUGAAACCAAACAAGAUGUCAUUCUCCAAGAUGGUUGGUCCAAUGGUAUUGGAAGCCAUGAAGACAUUGACUCCAAGUGACCCUACUAACAUUGGCCUGGAGUUUGCUCUGAGUGAUAUUGACAGUGGUGCUCACAUUGAUGGAGAGUUAGAGAUGGGUCCUAAGAUUUCAUUCACAGCCAUGAAAGAAAGUUUGUCUGAAAAGUUCAGCUCUGGUACAAAGAACCUAUUGAAGAACUUCAAGGAGAAGACUGACCAGCUUAGGAAGAAAGACACAAGUGUUCCAGAAUUGUUAGAUGUUAGACAGCCAACACUAAGACAUGGUAGAGCUCAUGGUCAGGAGGAUGGACAAGACAAGGCAGAGCUUGUUAAUGAUCAGGAAUCAAGAGUGGAUCUUACACAACUUGAGGCUGCCACCAAAACUGCAAGUGAAUUGCUACAGAACACCUCAGUCAAAGAGGCCGAUCUUCGCAGUUGCUUGACCACUUGGGCCAGAGAACUGAACAAAUCUCUACAUGCACUCCACAUAACAAGAGCCAUUGGACAAAUAAAGCAUAUCAAUACUCAACUUACACAGCUUAGAUCUAAGAUCAAGUCAGAGAGAGAGGAAAAUGAAAGUCUACAAAGAGUCAAAGAUGAGGAGUUGAAAUUAGAAGAUAGUGGAGUCGUUGAUGAUGGUUUACAUGUGAGUGAAACUCACACUGAGUCAUUUUCAAUAGAUGGUGCAAUAAAGAAAACCAAUGGGAGUUUUGGUGAAUCUGAUAUCCCAGUCAUUAAUGAAAGAUUUACAGUAGCAACUACUGGCAGUCAAAAUACUACUGCUGAUUCGGACAAACUGAGAUAUAAUGUGCAAUGUGAAAACAUUCCUAAUUUCAAUACAAUGCAACCUAAUAAUGUAACUAACGAUGAAGAUACACUCGAACGUAAAAAUGAUAUGAAUGAUGGCAGUAUUAUUAACAUCUGUGAAAAGAACAAUGCCAAAAAGAUAUCUGAGCAUUCGGAAACACAAUAUGAAACAUUGCUGAAUGAUCAGGAAGAUCCUGAUGAAAUGAAUCAUCCCAAAUCAUUAGUUGAGCUUUCCAGGAAAUCUCUUGAGAUGAAGCCCUUUGACUAUUCAAACAAUUCAAAAACAAAUCCAAAGGUCAAAAAUUCACAGAAUGGAGCUCAGGAACCUGUCAGUACAUGCCAUCCUCAUUCAAACACAAAACCAAACAAAAACCUUGAAGAUACAAAAAACUCUAAAGAACAGCUACAGAAUAUUUCAUAUAGCAACCAAAAUUACUUGGAGGACUUUGAGAAAAAACAUACCCGUAUGUUAACUGAAAAAGUGAAAGACUGUCGUGAACAGAUCUCCAACAUUAUAAACAGCAUAAGUGAAAUCAUUCACAUAGAUAACCCCUUUACUGAAACUGAGCCUGAAUCUGUUAUGACUGAGCUGGCUCGUAAAUGCUUUGAGCUGGAGGUACAUGGCGAUAUUAAUGAACACAUUCCAACUGUUGAACAUGUUAUUGAUGCAUGCUCCGAGAUCUCACUUGAUGGGGAUCUAGAGACUUGUGUUCAUAUCAAAAAGGAUUUGGAAACUUUGAACAAUGAGGAUCUAGAAACAUCUGUGAAAAUUGAUGAGGAUUUAGAAACUGUGAACAAUGUGAGUUCUGAAAGAGAAAUCAGUAUUAUUGAUCAAUGUAACAGUGCUGAAUAUGCUAUGAAAUCCACGAAUGGAAACCAGGGAAUGAACCAUGCAGCAGACUGUUCAGGUUUCAAAAUAAACAAUGUUGAAAGUUUUGAAAAUGAAAUCCCCAUAACAGUGCCACGCACUAACUUAAGAACUAUAGGCUCCACAGUAGAUGAUAUCGUUCUUUCCAAUAGUUUAGAUGAGGCCAUGGGACUUUUCACUAAAUGUUACUUCUACAUGCUUGAUUACUCAAAGGUAUCAACUGCAUUGGAGAAGCUGCAUGGACCUAGGUACAAGCGCUGGCUGGACAUAUUAGAAUGCUUAAAAGCUCUUGGUCAAUCUGACCCAGUCCAGGUGCUGAUAAACAACAAGAGCUUCAACAGUGCAGUAGAUUUACUGAGGUCAGGGAUCAUACAAGACCCCAGAUGUUACCUUGUCUACAUUGUACAACUGUGUAAGCUAAGGCCCCUGCAGUGCUUGGACUUUUGUGUGGAAUCUAACCUAGUUAGGCCCCUAGAUGUCCUCUAUAUGUGCAUGAACAAUGACAAUCAGACUCAACACUUUCUACACUACAUGCAGAGAAAAUUGGAGAAGGAUCGGACAGAUAAAAGCGAGCCUAGCUUACAGCAAUGUGUAGAUAAACUAGCUAGUGACAGAGAUGUGGCAAGCAUGUGGUUAAGGCUGUUACUAGAGAGAAGUAAACCAGUGGUUGCCAUAACAACAUGUGUAUGUGGUUCACCAAGGCCUGGCUCCCAUAAAGCACACUGGAGAGAUAGCAACACCAUAGAUGCAAUCAUUAACUCUGGGACAUGUGAAACACAAUGGACAAUGAAAACAUUGAGGAAUACAGGGUAUUGGGCUGGCUGGCUGAUUCAACAGAAGAAACUUGGAAACAUCAAGGAUGUUCUGGAGACUCUACUUAAACUUGGAGAUAUUGAACUGUUUCAACACAAAAAGUUUGGUUAUAUCCCAGUUACACCAAAGGAAUGGACAGAUCUCUUGAAAAUAUAUGAUAAACAGAAUAGUCAACAUGCAGUGCCAAACUCUAGUGAAAUUUGCUCAAAAUGUGGUCAAAAUUGGGCAGCCAUAAAUGAGCAGACAGAUUCUGACAACGAAAUUAAGAAAUUGAAGGAAUCUGAUUGGUCAUCCACAGUCACAUGGGAAAGCCUUGCACUGCUAUUGGUUCAGCAUGUAGAUGUUGAUGAGGGAUUAAAGCUGUUGAAAGGAGUGAAGAUUCCAACUGGGGGUCUAUCUUCAGAGUUCUUCAAACAUUGUGCAUUGAGGGCUUUAGCUGAAGAGAGACAAAGAGACUGGCUGAAGAGUACAAUGUUAAAGAUAGACACACACCUCUGGAGUAAACACUCGAUGCAUGAUCCCCCUCAGUUGAGAUAUACCUGGAAAGAUGAUGCCAAUGGUCCAGUACAUAGAUCUUCAGACAUUAAUGAGACAUCACAAAUGAUGCUAAGCAGAGAAGAUGAUAAGCGUAUAAGGAGUGAACUGUCCAGCCAUUGUGUUUGUUGUGGACUGGUCCUCCAGAAAAGCGUUUCUAGCAGCAUACCUGGUGUAAUCAUGUUCCAAUGUGGACAUUCAUUCCACAUGGCUUGUAUACCUGGGAAGCAGUGCAGUGUAUGUCAACUACGAUAAGUGAUUCCUCAGAAACAGUGAAAUGUGUGUCAGCUACGAUAAGUGAUUCCUCAGAAACAGUGCAAUGUUUGUUAGCUACAAUAAGUAAUUCCUCAGAAACAGUACAUUUGUGUGUUAACUUCAAUAACUGAUUCAUUGCGUCAGGAAUGAUACAUAUGUAUAUGAUGCCUGGGAACAGUAUUUUGCCAUAUAUGCCCCUGCAAUGAAAACCUAAAAAGUGCAGCGUGUGUUGACUAUGAUAAAAGAUUCCUGAUAAACAAUGUUAUGUGUGUCAUUUAUGACAAAUGAACCCAGUGAAACAAUGCAUUGUGUGUCAGUUACAGUAAAUGAUUCCUAGUAUCAU